AUGUCGACCCGAGACGCUAUUGACCCUUUCUCGACGGCCGCCGUCAGAGAAAUACCUACCAACUUCCUUGAAUCCAGCCCAAUAUGGGACGGCUUUGUGUUUGAUAACGGCCUUGACAGCGAAUUUCUUCGGCUGAAUGACCAUCAUGCCAAACCUUUGCCCGACAUUGAACCAGAUAUCUUCCGUCUGAACCUACAGGAUGUUUCACGGCCUGAUAUAUCCCCCCCCGCCUCUGCCUGCGCUUCAGAUUCCGGGAACGACCAACUAGAUAUCCAAAAUCAGCAGGAUGUUCAUAGCGAGGCCGCAGAUGUCUGGGUACUGCCGGAGGUCGUUGAGAGAAGGUCACAAAAUGAACCGGUCACUUGGGACAUUUUCUUGACUGAAAGUCACCAAGAGCCUAUGGUAGUCUACCUCAGCGAGGCAAGCCCGAAGACUUUCAAUGCCAUUCUCCGGAGGGCAUAUCGAGACAUCCCACCUAGAACGGUAAAGCCCAAUGUUCUACUUAAUGCGGCCUUUGAACUCGGGCUGGGCAGAGGUUCGGCGCUCUUUGUUUGGGAUGAAAACGAAGCCAGGUUCAUUCAGCAAUUUGAAAAGAUAUCUGCAGCAGGUUACAGCCCAAAGAUAUUGCAAAGCUUUUUCGAACCAUCUCUAAGCGUCGCUACAAAGACGAAGCUACUCAACGCCUACUUUCAAGACUUGACAAAUGCGGCCGCAGAUCCGUCUCCAUGUCGGAUAGCCUUUCUCUCUGCGUCGAGGUCUGUAUUAUACGGGGCUCAUAAAUACUUGGAAAUCCUAAGACCAGAAAUGUCGUCUCUGUUGCAAUUGAAGGGAAUCAUGACGAAGUUCGAGACAUUAUUGACUGUUCUGAAGAAUUGUGCCGAUUUGAUCCGAUCAUGCCAAACGGAAGAUACAAUCGUUUCGGCCUUGAUGCAACUAGCUGCAAAUGCUUCUAUCAAUCAUCCUGGGAUCGAUGGAGUGUUGCAGGAAAUAUUUUCGAGGACAUGUCAACCAAUCCUGGCAAAGCUAAGUGAUGACGUUGGUCUUACCUCAGCUCGGGCCAUCAAUAACAGUGAGACGUCUCUUGAGGAAGAUGUGAAUGUCAACCCUCUCUGGACAACGCUUUUCCAGGGCAACUGCGCUCAGAUGAUCAGGGAAACGCGACAGAGCCUGGAAAUAUUGAGAUCAUACGCACCGGAUUGUCCCGUCCUCUCGAGCGCCGAGUAUGGAUCGUCGUUUCUUUUGAAUUUUGAGCUAGGAUUCAGUUUUGAUUUCAUGUGCGAGCUGCAGUCUCGCUCUGUGGCAUAUGAAGAUGCGAUGAAGUCGUUGAUCGUGUCGGCAGGGUCAUCAACUUCUUCCAGCUCGAUCAGCGCACUGGCUUCCGAGAACUUUGAUUUGGAAGAGGCGGGUAUUCUUCAAUCCAAAUCACUCGAUCCAUUUCAGCUUGGAUUGGACCUUUUCGGCCCAAAUGUUCCUCUAUUUGACCAUGGCGACUCUGAGGGACUCCACGAUCAAGUCAUGAUAUACCUUGAGAGUCGAGAAUUCGAUAUCUCGCCCUUUCAACUGGAUUUCGAACAAGCGCUAAACUUCUCGGUGAUACCUCUAAUUUCAGCCCAGCACCGUCUUCUAUCCUAUUCAGUCCUUCAACUUCUCUUUCAGGAGCACAAUCUCAUCAUGCACCUGAAUCUCCAACGAAGCUUCCACUUAUUUGGGCAUGCGUUCUUUGCCUCACGUCUCAGCACGGCCCUAUUUGAUCCAGAUCAAACUAGUGGCGAAAAGCAAAGGCGAACGGGAGGUUCUACCGGUCUGCGUCUGCAAGUUCGGGACACCUGGCCACCUGCAAGCUCUGAACUCCGACUUGUCCUCAUGAGUGUUCUGUCGGACAGCCUGGCGGCAUCGAAAGAUCGCAGUUUGGAGGACACAAUAUCUUUCGCCAUUCGAGAUAUGUCUCUCGAUGAACUUGAGAAAUGCCGGGAUGUUGAUUCAAUUCACGCACUCGAUUUUCUUCGGCUUCAAUAUAAGCCACCAAAUGAAGCACUUGAAAGCGUGCUCACAGCCGAGAUUCUAGACAAAUAUGAUCGCAUCUUCCUGCAUCUGCUACGCAUCUUGAGAUUGCAGAGUAUGGUACAAAGCUUGGUAAGAGAUAAUAUUGAGUUGUCAGGUGACCUUGCAGAUCACAAAUUCAUUCUCGAAAUGCGACAUUUCAUCACAACCCUGGCGGACUAUUGCAACAACACAGCGAUAGGAUUUUGUUGGAGGAAGUUUGAAACGGUCUUGCAUGACGUUGAAACUUACAUCAACAACAAGGAUUACGAACGUACUUUACAGACAGUCCAGAGCCAGGACUAUCUCCGUGUCCUACACAAAAUAGCUGUGGAUAAUAUUCUACACGCAUUGCUGUUAAAGAAGAAACAAUCCAACGCGCUACAGAUUCUGAACCAACUAUUUAGUCUGAUUCUACAAUUCGCAGCGGAGAAGAGGAGUGGACGCAUGAAUAGUUUUGAUUACGAGACUCCAGCGGAACGAUUUCAAAGGGACUUUAGACACAAAAUCAUUCGAUUCUUGGACGCCUUGCAUGUCCAAGGAGAAGGACGAUUCCCUCAGCUAUUGACACGCAAAAUCAACGUUGAUGAUGCAGAUGACGGCGACGACGAGGAAGUGAACUUGUUUGAGUAUUUGCUUCUCCGACUGGACAUGUUUGAUUAUUGGAGAGGGAGCCGGAAAGGCCGCAGAAGAGGCAUAUCGCAUAUGGACUUAUGA